AUGCAUCCAGGGAGCGCGGCCGCUUCCCUGCUGGUCCUGCUGGCGGCCAACCACUCCUCGCUGCUCCGCUGCGCCUGCGACCACUUUGCCAACGUCACCGACGUCGACGGCCGAGGCGGACUCACAGUCAAGCGGAGAUAUGGACAAACUACUGUCUCCACCAGAGUGAGUACUCUGACCCACAGGAAGUAUUUCCUGACUGAAACGUGCGAGAUUCUGGCGCCGCCGUCCACCGCGGUGACAGCUGUGGCCCACCUGGUGCCGGACGUCUGGAAUGAUGGACGGCCGCUCCCUGGAGGGGAAGCCCCGCAGCCUGCUGACGAUGAGAAGUGUGGCGCCGCCCUGGCGGCGGUUCCCGGCCUCACGCGGGCCACGGCCAGCCUACUCGCCAGCGCCAGGGACCUCAUGCGCCGCGCCGCUGCCCACUGCAUCGACUCCUGCUCUGUGGAGGGGUUCAACGACGUGGAAUGGAACCUGGAGACGUUGUCAACCGAUCAUCGGAGGCAGCCUCUGCUCUCCCAGUUACUCCAGGCUGCUCGUCGCAUCACGCAGGCCAUAGUCUCCAGGAGUGACCUUGCCUAUACAUACAACAGGCAUUUUUUUCGGAGUUACCAGUACUUGAACAAAACUGAACUCGAGGCUGAGGUACCGGUGUUCCUGGAGUAUCUCUCCAAUUACUGGCGAGACUCCGUCCAGCUGCUCUCGCUCGGUGUGACGCAUAUCUCACAACUGUUCGUUCCCAUGGCAUUUGAACACGUGGUUAACCAUACAAAUGAUCACCGACUCGUCAGAUGGAUUAAGGGCGUGGAACGUGUGAGAGACAUGCUGCACACGAAACUGAGCGGUUGGGUACUCGACAUGCAAUCCGUCAGCGAGCUGAUAGCGCAUGGCAAGGUGGAAGAAGCUAAGAACUGGCCUGGAAAGUAUAUACACAGGCAGCCGCUGUUGAAUGACGGCCUGCUGUCCUACCACGAGCACUACCUCUCCUUCCGUGGCGACUUCAGUGCGCAGUGUCAGGAGCUGCAGCCAGAGGCAUACCAGGUGUUCGGCCUGGCCGACGCACUCUACUCCUUCUAUCACAGCUACUGGUUCAACAGACUGCGGUACUUCACUUCAAAGUUGACAGUUGUUAUCGACAUUAACGGUGGGGAGUGGCAGCUGGAGGACAGAAGCAACGAUACGCUCUCCGUGGACACUGACUGCGUGCAGCUGUUGGUGGACGCCCUGGACCACCCCACGUGUCCGCUGGAAGACCUGCCACUGGAAGCCGUGAAGCAGCGCGAGCAGUGCCGCGAGCAGCUGUGGGACGACGUGGUGCAGAGGUUGCCCCACAUACCCGUCACCAGCUACCUGGCCUACACGGAGAGGGUGGACGUCAACCUCUGCCUGCUGGCCUGGAUGGCGGUCAACUCGCUCGGCAUUUGUCAGGACGUGCCCUUCAGUAUCAUGCGGUCCGUGCACGACGCUCGCUGCUAUUUCGACAGUCCUGAUGACCAGUCGUGUCUGGCAUCAAACGCUUCCGACGCCUUGUGUUCUGUUUCCAGAGCAGUGCUAUUGCUGAAGUGCCGCGACUUUUCCUUCCAAAAACCUCCGGAGGUGUGUGGCGUCAAUUUCUACGCAAAUGGAUCACACUCGAUGACGUUCAAUGUAACGUGGCGAGGCGGCCUCAAAGGAUAUACAAAGCCAACCGAAAGAACACUGAACUACAAAGACAGUCUAAACAGCGCCACAUUAAAAUAUAAGAAUUUCAAAAUCGACACAUUAAUACCGUUAGAAAUAUCAUUUAUAGCAGUAAACAUUAUUUUCCGCUUCUUGACUGCCGGAGUAUACGUGUAUCUUCCCCAGUUACGCAAUUUCCCUGGAAAGAUAUUCUUGUCCUUUCAGGUCACGUGUCUGGUCCAGAUCCUGUGUUCUGAGGUCGUGUAUCGUAUAGCAGGAGUCCCCGACUUAUCCACUACAGUACUGAUCGACAGCGCCCUCACACUGCUCAGCUGUAUCUGGCUAAACAUGUUCUGCUACCAAAUGUACGCCUGUGUUCGUCAUCUCAGGCUUCCGAACGACCUACUACCUGCUGAAGUAAGCAAGCUAUUCUGCCGUCAGCUGCUGUAUGCAUUAAUAGCCUGGAGUGUAAUAUGCACAACGUGCUUCACUUUGCAAAAGACGAGCAAACGUUACCUGAUCCACAGUCGAAUAAUAUUCCUUGUGAGUAUUUCGCUAUCGAUAGCUUUUAAUUUGGUUUCUCUUGGACUCGUGGGAUAUAUGUACCUACGUGCUCGGAACACCAUGCAGCAUCUCAGAGUUUACAGUCAGAAGAAAUUUGCCUCAAAGAAAGAACUCCUUUUCAUGUCGGUUAAAACUGUUAUCUUGAGUGGAAUUGGGAUUAUUAUUAGAAUUGGGUUCCACCAGGUUCAAGGCAUAGCACAGUUUGUGUACUACGUCCAUAUAGCUACGAUGGCGCAGGGACCACUGCUGUUUGUUUUUUUCAUUUGUAACGAAACCACGCUGCCUCUGCUCACCUGCAAAGUACUGGCCUGGUGGAGUCCGGACGCUUUCGUUGCUGAGGGAGAGCUGUGUUCAUCAGCUGAGAGAAAUAUGGCGAAGAGACUCCACGAGCAAACCCUGGCUGCAGAAUCUUCACUGUGAUCUCCGUAAUGUUUCUUUUCAGAGGACUGAAAACGCCCACAACAUAUAACGAUAAUACGAAUGAAUGACUACCUACAGCUGGAAUACAGUUCCCUUACUAGUCACUUUUUGUAUCUGAUACUUCUAAGACCUCCAUCAUUCCUAGUGUUUUAUCGAAAGAAAUCAGAAUUUACUGAAUGCUUACUCCGAGCUGAUAAGUGAUAAUGUCUCAUAUCUCGAGUCACAAAUAAAAUAAAGUCCACUCUUAGACAUCUAGCCACUCAUACAUUAGCAGAUAUAUGUGUAAAAUUUGCUAUAGUGUUUAGUACAUGAUUAUGUAAAGUGGACUGGACUUGAACUCAUGCAAAGCCACUGAGUAAUAUCGUCAUUACCACAAACACACUUAUGUGAUGCUAUUAAUGUUUUAUCUGUUGUAGAUUUAUUGAAACUGUGUCAAACUAUUUGCCGUUUAAACAAUUAUAACUGAAUUGAAACUGUAUUUUAGAACAGUUUUGACAAUGUUUUCAUUGCAAUGUAUGUAAUUACAUGUUGCAAAUUCAAUCUUUCAUUAAUAUAGCAAUGUAGUGUCACAAUCGAGCCGACUUCCAAACGAUGUUAUCUUGGAGAAACUAACUAGCAGUGAAUUAUUUUACACUUCUCCUUCAGGAAAACAAAAUUUUCCUACUCGAGUUAUACAGCAAUGUAAAGUGUCUCACUGUGGGUGAGGUCUUUAACUUCUCCAUGAUGCACCUGAUAGAAAUUACUUAGUUCUAUUAUUAAUUUUUGGAAUUACUAAGGCAGUUCUGAUGCAAUUUGC